UUUUUUGCUUUGAUUGAUUCGUCAUCUGUCAGAGUUCCUACAAAAAUGGCGUCUAUCUUGAAGUUGUCGCAGUCUCUGGCAAAAUUAUCGAAAAACGGUAGUGUUAUUAAGCCCUUAAAAAACCUCAGAAAUGCUUCGACAGCUCAAGCAGAGCCUAAACAAAUUGUUCUCAAUGUUCCACCGACCAAAGUUACUACUUUAAAAAAUGGCAUCAGGGUGGCCACAGAAGAUUGGGGUUCACAGACUGCUACAGUUGGAAUCUGGAUAGAUGCAGGAAGUCGCUAUGAAAAUGCCAAAAAUAAUGGGGUAGCCCAUUUCAUGGAGCACAUGGCCUUUAAGGGCACUGGUAAACGAACACAGAGUCAACUUGAAAUCGAAGUAGAAGACCUCGGUGCUCAACUGAAUGCUUAUACGAGUAGAGAACAAACUGUCUAUUACUCCAAAUGUAUGUCAAAAGACGUACCAAACGCCAUUGAAAUUCUUGCUGAUAUUGUGCAGAAUGCCAAGUUGGGUUCAGCUGAAAUUGAGAGGGAGAGGGGGGUCAUUUUGAGAGAAAUGCAAGAAGUAGAGUCUAAUCUACAAGAAGUAGUUUUUGAUCAUCUUCAUGCCAUUGCUUAUCAAGGUACCCCCUUGGCAAACACUAUAUUAGGUCCUACUGCAAAUAUCCAGUCGAUUAAUGCAACUGAUCUAAGAAAUUACUUAGACAAUCACUACAAAGCUAGCCGAAUUGUAGUUGCUGGGGCAGGAGGAGUCAGCCAUGAAGAAUUAGUAAAACUCUCUGAGAGUUGCUUCAGCCAGUUAAAUAACAACUAUCCAGGAGAAAUUCCUAAACUUACUCCGUGCAGAUUUACUGGAUCAGAGAUUCGAGUACGCGAUGAUUCACUUCCUCUGGCACACAUUGCUCUAGCUGUCGAAGGUGCCGGCUGGACGGAUCCUGAUACGCUUACUCUGAUGGUUGCCUCUACUCUCUUGGGAGCUUGGGACAGGUCGCAAGCUUCUGCCAAACAAAACGCCACUACCCUUGCGAGGGCUAGUGGAGAAGGGGACCUUUGUCAUUCAUACCAAAGUUUUAAUACUUGUUACAAGGAUACCGGUUUAUGGGGUAUCUACUUCGUUUCUGACCCAUUGAAAAUUGAAGACAUGGUAUUUAACAUUCAACAAGAAUUCAUGAGGUUAUGUACUAGUGUAACGGAAGGUGAAGUAGAGCGUGCUAAAUCUCUCCUAACAGCUAAUACCUUGCUGCAGCUGGAUACUUCUACCGCUGUCUGUGAAGAUAUAGGUCGUCAACUGUUGUGCUACGGUAGGAGGUUGCCUCCUCAUGAAUUGACCCACCGCAUCAACAGUAUCACAGCCAAGAACCUUAAAGACGUUUGCUACAAGUAUUUGUACGACAGAUGCCCAGCGGUCGCAGCUGUCGGACCUGUAGAGCAACUUCCUGAUUACAAUAGGGUCAGAUCGCAAAUGUAUUGGCUUCGUGUUUAAAGAAUAAGGUAACUUUUGAACUUACAAUCUUCAAAUAAAUUAUUCACUUGAACUAGUUCGUUAAUUACCGAUACAAUUCUUUUCACUGUUCACAUUCAAAUAAAAGUGUGUGUAAUAAAUCGUUGUAUGCGUUAGGACUGUAAAUAUUUUUUGUUGAGCCCUACUUUUAUAAAUAAAAUGGAAAUCAGUUGAGAUUUUGAUA